GGUUUCACUUCCGGCAGCCCUGCUUGUCUGCCGGGGAAGCAUUUAGUGAGCGGCCACUUCCGGUGUCCUUUUCCCAGGUGGGGCAGCGGCGUGCUGGGGAGAGGAAGAAGAAGGAGGAGGAGGUUGCCAUGGCUCAGAGCCUGAAAGACUUGGCUGGGCGCCUGCCCACCGGCCCUCGGGGCAUGGGUACUGCUUUGAAGUUGUUGCUGGGUGCUGGUGCUGCAGCCUAUGGUAUCCGUGAGUCUGUCUUUACAGUGGAGGGUGGCCAAAGAGCAAUAUUCUUCAACCGCAUUGGUGGAGUUCAGCAGGACACCAUUCUUUCUGAGGGACUGCAUUUCAGAAUUCCCUGGUUCCAGUAUCCAAUAAUUUAUGAUAUUCGAGCUCGGCCCCGCAAAAUCUCCUCGCCAACAGGCUCCAAAGACUUGCAGAUGGUGAACAUCUCCUUGCGAGUUCUGUCACGCCCAAACGCCGCUGAACUACCCAGCUUGUACCAGCGCCUUGGUCUGGACUACGAAGAGCGAGUCUUGCCUUCCAUUGUCAAUGAAGUGCUCAAAAGUGUGGUGGCAAAAUUCAACGCCUCACAACUCAUCACCCAGCGAGCUCAGGUGUCUUUGCUUAUCCGUCGGGAGCUGACAGAGCGGGCGAAAGAUUUUAGCCUUAUUCUAGAUGACGUAGCCAUCACAGAACUGAGUUUCAGCCGGGAGUACACAGCAGCAGUGGAAGCCAAGCAAGUGGCUCAGCAGGAGGCGCAACGAGCUCAAUUCCUGGUGGAGAAAGCUAAACAGGAGCAGAGGCAGAAGAUUGUUCAAGCGGAAGGAGAAGCCACAGCUGCCCAGAUGAUUGGUGAAGCCCUCAGCAAGAACCCAGGUUACAUCAAGCUCCGCAAGAUCCGUGCCGCCCAGAACAUAUCUAAGACGAUCGCUGCAUCUCAGAACCGCGUGUAUCUUACAGCUGACAACUUAGUGCUGAAUCUACAGGAUGAAGGUUUCACUAGAGGAAGUGACAGCCUCCUGAUCAAGCAGGGGAAGAAAUGAACUAGCGGCCGCCUCCCAGACCCAUCGAAAUGACUGGCAGAAUGGGGGUUAUGCGCAGCCGUGGAAGAGCCUUGCACAUCUCUGCUGCCCAUAAGUCUUCUCUUUGGCCUGGGCCUUCUUUCCAGUUGUCAUCUUCACUUCCCAACGCGCCAUUAAUAAGCCCUUUCUUGGCUCAUCAUCUGGUUCCUGUUUUGGGGAACUGCCAGCCGUGAAGGCCAGCUGUGGAAACAAGUCUUCAUGCUGAGGCGGGGGGGGGGUAAACUUUUUGUUCCCAUGGUCACUGAUCCCACCCCACCCAGCCUGAAGGACUGGGUACAGGUGGGCAGCAGAGACCAGCCAAGGGGUUGGUUUUUAAGUAGAUCAAAUUGUUGCUCUCCUCUUCCUGCUGGGGCUGAAUGAGGCCUGAGUACAUAUAAUCCCCUGCCUCUCACGUCAGUGGAGAGUUUGCUAUCUUUGCCCCCUCCCCUGCCCCUGGCCCCCGCCGAGCACCUCGUCUCAGGAAUAGAUGGGGCUUCUGCAAGUGCUGUGAUCUCCAUUUAUGUAAGUUCUUUUGCAUCGUGAUUCACAACUUUAUACAAAUAAAAUCAGGUCCAAAACUCUUCUGACA